AUGGAAUGAUGAUAGGGCUAAUGGUAAGCAAAGCAAUAGUGUGGUUUUGUGUUGCCAGCUAGGAAGAGGAAAGGAUCCAAAGAAGAAGAACUUCAUCAAAGGGUAAAUCCGUCAUUUUAGCAUUCAUCUUCUUCUUAUUACACAACUCUCUCUUCUUCCAUAUUUAAGACACUUUCAAUUCUUCACAUGAUUUUUCAAAAUCUCUCUCUUCUCUCGUGUUUUCGACUUUUCCUCUCUCCUCUCUAUAUAUAAUAUUUUAUUUUAGUUUUUUUUUUUAAUUUCCGGAUCGAGAAGAGAGAAAAGUUCUUCUUCUUCUUCUUCUUCUUCUUCUUCUUGUUCUGAUUGUUUCACAAGUUUUACGACAAUGGCGGUUUACGGAGAGAAGAAGCAUUGGUGGCUCCGCAACAAGAAGAUCGUUGAUAAGUACAUGAAAGAAGCAAAGAAUUUAAUAGCGAGCCAAGAUCCAAACGACGUUAAAUCUGCUCUGAAUCUUCUGGAAUCUGCACUCUCUGUAUCUCCUCGUUACGAACUCGCUCUCGAACUUAAAGCCAGAUCGCUUCUUUACCUCCGUCGAUUCAAAGACGUCGCUGAUAUGCUUCAGGAUUACAUUCCUAGCCUUAAACUAGCCGGCGAAGAUUCCGGCAUCGGUUCAUCGGAGCUUUCUGUUACUCAUUCUUCUCGUGAAUCUGUCAAACUUCUCAACGAUUUGCCGAGUCAUCAUCAUGACUCGUCUUUUAAAUGCUUCUCUGUCUCUGAUUUGAAGAAGAAAGUCAUGGCUGGUCUCAGUAAAAACUGCGACGAACAAGGGCAAUGGAGAUAUUUGGUUUUAGGUCAAGCUUGUUGCCAUUUAGGUCUAAUGGAAGACGCAAUGGUUCUUCUUCAAACCGGUAAACGCUUAGCCACCGCCGCGUUCCGCCGUCAGAGCAUUUGCUGGUCUGACGAUAGCUUUAUUCUCUUCUCCUCCGAAGACGGCGGUUCCUCUCCUCCCACCUCCGUCGUCGUAACUUCCGGAUCUCAGCCACGAUCCGAGAGCAUCGCUCACGUGUUAUCUCACAUCAAGCUACUCUUACGACGACGCGCCGCCGCACUCGCCGCUCUCGACGCAGGGCUCUACUCAGAAUCAAUUCGCCAUUUCUCAAAAAUCUUAGACAGCCGCCGUGGCGCGCCGCAGGCAUUUCUCGCCCAGUGCUUUAUGCACCGCGCCUCCGCUUACAGAUCCGCCGGAAGAAUCGCGGAAUCAAUCGCCGACUGUAACAAAACCCUAGCCUUAGAUCCGUCAUGUCUCCAAGCCUUAGAAACCAGAGCCGCAUUGCUAGAAUCCGUUCGGUGUUUCCCCGAUUCGCUUCACGAUUUGGAACAUCUGAAACUCCUCUACAACUCCAUCUUACGUGACCGGAAACUCCCCGGUCCGGUUUGGAAACGGCACAACGUCCGGUACAGAGAAAUACCGGGAAAAUUAUGCGUUUUGACCUCGAAGAUCCAGCAAUUGAAGACGAAAAUCGCAAACGGAGAAAUCGGAAACGUGGAUUACUAUGCUCUGAUGGGAAUCAGACGUGAUUGCUCGAGAUCAGAGCUGGAUCGAGCUUACUUGUUACUCAAUUUAAAGCAUAAACCGGAGAGAUCAAUGUCAUUCAUUGACCGGUUUGAGCUAACCGAUGAUGAGGAAGACUUAGACUCGGUUAAGGACCGAGCCAGAAUGUCAACUCUAUUACUAUACAGAUUGAUCCAGAAAGGCUACUCAGUCGUGACAAGUAACAUCGCAACGGAGCAAGCCGCGGAGAAGCAACGAAAAGCCGUGGCAGCGGAAACUCAUCGGAGUAAUAACAUCGAAACGCCGGUCAGAGCGGUCGCGGUUGCGGUGAACAGUAAUAGUACUAAUAACAAUACGAAUGUGGUUAAAGGAGUGUUUUGUAGAGAUUUGACGGUGGUUGGGAGUUUGAUUGCACGGACCGGGUUUAACCAACCGAUUCCGGUUAAAUACGAAGCGCUUAGUUGCUGAAUUUGAAUGACCGUGCGAGUGCGAAGGUGUUACUGCGUUUUGUACAAAAGAAAAGACAGAACAUCAUCACUAUUCACAUUGGAUGAAAUUAUGGAUAAUAAGAAUAUUGUCUGCCCGAGAAUUUUGGAGCUUUCUUUCUUGUUUGUUUCUUCUUUAUUCUUCACUAUGCCUAAACGACAAAACCCAAAAAAAAAAGGUGAUCCAUAAUAUUAUGAAAAAGUUUCAUCACUAUUCACAUUUGUGUUUCUGUUUUGAUGAAAAAUAUUUUUUUUUGGGUCGAUUGAAUAUCAAAAUUGCUGUAAAAUACUAUUUAUAUCAAAAAAUUAACGGCAUAAUCA